CUGCAGAUGCUGGCUGAUCUCUGCUGGGCGCGCGCCUCUUUGCUCCUCAUCGCCCGUCAUUCGCCGGGGGGCUUCUAAGGAUGUGGAAACUUCAGAUGUUUGGAGACGCCGCUGUACUUUAGAAAUAGCAGGCGCGCGAUGAACUUGGCACGCGCCUGAACGGACCGCAGACAGGCUGCCCCGCGCGCGUGCGGGAUCUUCAGUCUCUCUUGGUCGGAGCUCCACGAGCGUCGCAGCAUGGAGAAGCUGUGCGUCAUGGCCGUGAUGCUCUGCGCGCUCUGCUCCCGGAGUUCUGCUGCGCCACCAAAGUUGUCAUCUGCAGAACCCAAACCUCCGCCUGGAAGGAGCGCGGAGCAAAAUGAGGAGCUGCAGGGUCAGGAGAGCAUCAUCUCUAAGCUGCUGGGGGAUUAUGAUAAGGUCAAAGCCGUCUCGGAAGGCUCCGACUGCCGGUGCAAAUGCGUGGUGAAGCCGCUGAGCAGGAGCGCGUGCCGGCGGCUGGAGGAAGGCGGCGCGGCGGCGCAGGACUUCUACACCGUGGAGACCAUCACCUCUGGACCGGAGUGCAAGUGCGCCUGCGUCGCUCCUCCGUCUGCGGUCAACCCGUGCGAGGGCGACUUCCGACUGAAACAGCUCCGAGAGGCGGGAAAACAGAACGUCAAGCUGUCCACCAUCCUCGAGCUGCUGGAGGGCUCCUUCUAUGGGAUGGACCUGCUGAAGCUUCAUUCCGUGUCCCAGAAGCUCACAGAUCGGAUGGAUCGGAUUGAGAAGGUGGUCUCUUUGAGCCGCACCAACGACGAGUCACGGCCUCCGAGGACUCCUCCCAUGCCACCAGAAGUGCAGGAAGCUCCGCCUACUGCUCUUCCUCAUGAGAAGGAAGUGCUGGGAGAGGUCAGCAGGGCAGCGGCAUACCUGGAUCCAGAGGAAAAACAGGAUGGAAAGUUUGUUGUGGAAAAUCCACCAAUAGUGGACUCGGAGAAAGUCGGUGAGAUGGCGACUCCUGAGAACCGGGGGGGUACGGAAGCUUCUCAGGCGGUGAAGAUCCACCCCAACGGGAUGAUCAUCCGGGGGAUGACGUUCUACAAAUCUGAUCAGGGCGCCAUGGCGGCAGACGAUGGAGAACCUGGAGAGAACUUUUUUGAAUACCAUGAAUUCAGCGGCGAUGGCCCGACCAGCCUCUUCAUCGAGGAGGAUCUCCUUCUGCACAGAGCCCCCCGGCCCAGGACGAGAACGGGAUGGAGAUCGUUGAAACUGAAGGCAGCAGGUCUCGUGGAAGACUCCAAGAUGAUCCGCCCGAAGCCAGAAACCAGCUCGGAAGAUCCUCAGAUAAGCAGAAACUUUGGGGUGACUUCAUCAGAGGAUCCUUCAGAACCACCAGCCCGGAGAAACAUCACGGAGGAGAACCCCAGCUCCACAUCCAGAGCCCAACAGACUCCUGAGGGGGUCCCCCCUCCUUCCAUCACCCCUCCCAGUGAAACAGGUACCCCCAAAGCCACGCCCACCUCCAGGCCUGAGCCCAAAGAACAGAGCAGAGGCAGCAAUGGAGGAUCUUCACCUUUUCCAAACUCCGCCGCCUCGACCUCAGCUCCACUACAUCUCACCGCCACUACCUUCGCUCAGGCGGAUCCUUCCGCGGCGCAAAAGAGUUCCACCUUUUCUCCAGACUCACCUUCGACACACAACUCUCCAAUGACAACCUCCUCUACAGCAACACCCCCCAUGGUCAAAAAAGCUGCUGCCGCCAGACAGAAAUACAAAAUCAACUGGGAAGAAGACGAGGAAGGAGAGCCGGACGCAGACGAACCACAGCAGAGAGAUCCAAAGACGACUGCAAGAGAAACUGGAGAAUGCAAAGACACUUUGGCCACCAUCUCUGAGCCGGUCACCCACAACAGCUACGGCCGGGCUGAAGGCGCGUGGAUGAAGGAUCCCAAAUCCCCAGGGGAGCAGAUUUACGUGGCCAACUUUUAUUACGGAAACAGCCUGCUGGAAUUCUACAACCUGGAAGUUUUCAAACAAGGCCGCUUCACCAACUCCUACAAGCUGCCCUACAACUGGAUCGGCACCGGCCAUGUGGUUUAUGGGGGGGCCUUCUACUACAACCGGGCCUUCUCCCGCGACAUCAUUAAGUUUGACCUCCGGCAGCGCCAUGUGGCGGCCUGGACCAUGCUGCACGACGCCCUGUUUGAGGAGUCCUCCUCGCCGUGGGAAUGGCGCAGUCACUCCGACAUGGACUUCGCCGUGGACGAGAGCGGGCUGUGGAUCAUCUACCCGGCGCUGGACGACGAAGGCUUCCUACAGGAAGUGGUGGUUCUGAGUCGACUGGACCCGUCCGACCUCAGCAUGAAGAAGGAGACCACGUGGAGAACCGGGCUGAGGAGGAACAACUUUGGAAACUGCUUCGUCGUGUGCGGCGUCCUGUACGCCGUCGACAGCUAUAAUCGAAGGGACGCCAACCUGGAGUACGCCUUCGACACGCACACCAGCACGCAAAUGAUUCCCAGAAUGCCUUUCAUCAACAACUAUACCUACACCACCCAGAUAGACUACAACCCCAAAGAGGGGCUUUUGUACGCCUGGGACAACGGACAUCAGGUCACGUACAACAUCAAGUUGGCCUACGUCGACCCGUAAAGUUUGUUCCAAAGUUGUUCUGGUUUGAAUCCCUUCUGUGGACUGUAGAUCAGUCCAUACGACAGAUGAGGUCAUCUGUACAUUUAGAGUUCCUAUACUGCCUGUAAAGAGCUUUACCUGUUCUCACCUGAAGUUCAGUCGGUUUGGAUUCCAGCUCCGAGCGCCUCCGACCUCAGAAACGCUUGAAAACCUGAAGCCAAAAUCGCCAAAAUGCCCCUCACAGGCCUUUCCUCCAUGCUGGACUCCAGACAGAAGAGACUGCGUUCAAGUUCCCACACGCAGAUGGAGAACGGCGACGCCGUGUUCAGCCGAACACGCAUCGGACUUUAGUUUCUGCUGGAAAGCUUUAAUUUAAGAUUACAAAGGGGAGGAACGCUCAAAGCUGGAAUUCAGAAGCGAUGACGGCGUGAACUUCAGAGAACCUUCAGGAGAAGAAACCGCUGGCAAACACAUAUGGUGACAGUUAGAGAAAAUCCAGUGUUUAUUUUGGUUGAAUAAAAGACAAAAACGUCACAAAUGUCAUCUCUUUCUGAGUCCAAAGGUUUUCUUUCUGGAAAAAAAAAGUUUUCUGCUGAGCUGCGACACAAACGGCCGGUAAAAUUCUGAUAAAAAAAAA